AUGAAAGUGGGCGUGAUACGGGAGCACGCGAACCAUCCGCGCCCGUUGGCAGCCGGUGGGGCGCGCGGCGCGAUGGAGGACGAGGUGACCUUCAUGUUCCAGCUGGGCGUCAUGCGCGACGUGGCCUCGGCGCCGGCACACUUGCUCACGCUGGCGCACCUAAAGGAGCUCGCCGUGAAGUUCGUGCACGAGAAGAUCCCGGACAACGGGCUGAACCGGCUCUCGGAGCGAAUACUGCUCUUCCGUCACGACUACUGCUCUCCAAACGUGUUGCAGCUCGUCAACUCCGCCUCCGACAUCACCGAUGAGACGCUUGUAGAGAUCGUUCUCACCGCCAACGCGUUGCUUUGCGACGGCACAGAGGGCGCGCCGGUGCCGCGGCCCCACGCGCUCGCCGUCCACUCGUACAAGGCGCCCACCUUCUGUGACUUCUGCGGCGAGAUGCUGUUCGGGCUCGUCCGGCAGGGACUAAAGUGCGAAGGCUGCGGCCUCAACUACCACAAGCGGUGCGCGGUGAAGGUGCCUUCGAACUGCGAGGCGCCGGCGGGCGCGGGCCCGGGGGCCUCGGCGCCGGCCCGACGCGCAUCCGGAGCCCCGCGGAGCCCCUCGAGAAGCUCCGCACACAGCCACGCCUCGCGCGACGACUCGCUGGUGGGGAGCACCAGCAAACGCUCGGCGGGCGCUUGGCCGCCGCCCACCUCGCUCGGUAUACCCCACACCUUCCAAGUGCACACGUACACGCGGCCAACCGUGUGCCGGCUGUGCAAGAAGCUGCUGCGCGGGCUGUUCAAGCAGGGCAUGCAGUGCGGCGACUGCCACUACAACGCGCACCGCAAGUGCCUGCCCUUCGUGCCCAAGGACUGCGGCGCGGAGAUACGGGACGCGCACAGCGAGUACCAGGACAGCAGCACCGGCUCGGAGCUGUCGGAGAACGCGCGGCUUCCCGACGACGAGUCGGACGAGGGGGCGGACGGCGCCAACGACGACACCGACAACGAGGUGCAGCUCAGAAGAAGAACGGAGGAUUCCGAGGAGCCUCAACGGGAUAUUCUGCCCGAUCGUUCUGCCAGCAGACCCAGCAGCUCCUCGUCGUCGCCCAGCGCGAACAUCCCACUGAUGAGGAUCGUCCAGUCCGUGAAGCACACGAAGAAACGCGAGGGCCAGUGGCUGAAGGAGGGCUGGAUGGUGCAUUUCACAAACAAGGACAAGACGAUCAAGCGCCACUAUUGGCGGCUGGACAGCAAGUCGAUAACGCUGUUCACCUCGGAGCAGGGCACCAAAUACUACAAGGAGAUACCGCUGAACGAGAUCUUGGCAGUGGACACAGCGCGGCAGCCGCACUCUGACGUGAUGCACUGCUUCGAGCUGCGCACCGCCAACGUGGACUACAUGGUGGGCGUGGACCCCGUGUGGCAGGUGGGCGGGGGCGCGGCGGCGGGGGGCGCCGGGGGCGCGGGGGGCGGAGGGGGCGCGGUGCCCCCGCCCGGCUCCGGGGUGGGCGCCUACCUCGCCCGCUCGUGGGAGACGGCGGUGCGCCAGGCGCUCAUGCCGGUCACGCACCGCGCCGCGGAGGACGGGGAGGGCGGGGCGGAGGCGGAGGGCGGGGCGGGGGAGGGGCGGCCGGGCAGGGCGCCCGAGAUGGCGCAGCUCUACCAGAUCUACCCCGACGAGGUCCUGGGUUCGGGCCAGUUCGGCAUCGUCUACGGCGGCCUGCACCGCCGCACGCAGCGGCCCGUCGCCAUCAAGGUCAUAGACAAGCUCCGGUUCCCGACCAAGCAGGAAGCCCAGCUGAAGAACGAGGUGGCGAUCCUGCAGAACCUGUCGCACCCGGGCGUCGUCAACCUCGAGAGGAUGUUCGAGACGCCCGAGAGGAUCUUCGUGGUGAUGGAGAAGCUGAAGGGGGACAUGCUCGAGAUGAUACUUUCUCACGAGAAGGGCAGGCUCACGGAGAGGAUUACCAAGUUCCUGGUGGCGCAGAUCCUCGUGGCGUUGAAGCACCUCCACGAGAAGAACAUCGUCCACUGCGACCUGAAGCCGGAGAACGUUCUUCUCUCCUCCGACGACGAGUUUCCGCAGGUGAAGUUAUGCGACUUCGGAUUUGCGAGGAUCAUCGGCGAGAAGUCCUUCCGUCGCUCGGUAGUCGGCACGCCUGCGUACUUAGCGCCCGAGGUGCUGCGCAACAAGGGCUACAACCGCUCCCUGGACAUGUGGUCCGUGGGCGUGAUAGUCUACGUCUCCCUUUCCGGCACUUUCCCCUUCAACGAGGACGAGGACAUCAACGAGCAGAUACAGAACGCCGCCUUCAUGUACCCGCCGACGCCGUGGCGCGAGAUAUCGGCAGAGGCGAUCGACCUGAUCAACAACCUGCUGCAAGUGAAGCAGCGCAAGCGGCUGUCGGUGGACAAGUGCGCGGCGCACGCGUGGCUGCAGACGCGCGAGGCGUGGCAGGACCUGCGCGCGCUCGAGCAGCGCGUGGCAGAGCGCUACCUCACGCACCCGAGCGACGACGCGCGGUGGCAC